GGGGCUGGGAGCGCUGCAAGCGGCCGGUGAAGGCUCUGGGGAGGUGCUGUAACAGGGGAGCCCUCAGAGGACCCCCUCGGCCAUGGCCGUACCUAUUGCAGUUCUUGACUGCGACCUCUUGCUGUACGGCCGCGGACACAGGACUUUGGAUCGCUUCAAGCUGGAGGAUGUCACAGAUGAGUAUCUAGUAUCCACAUACGGCUUUCCCCGACAGUUCAUUUACUACCUGGUGGAUCUCCUGGGAGCCAGUCUCUCUCGCCCUACACAGCGGUCCAGGGCCAUCAGUCCAGAGACACAGAUCCUUGCUGCACUGGGUUUCUAUACCUCUGGCUCCUUCCAGACUCGCAUGGGAGAUGCUAUAGGCAUUAGUCAAGCCUCCAUGAGCCGCUGCGUUGCCAACGUAACUGAGGCAUUGGUGGAAAGAGCCUCACAGUUCAUUCACUUUCCCGAGGAUGAAGCUACCGUACAGCGCCUGAAGGAUGACUUCUAUGGGCUGGCAGGCAUGCCGGGAGUGCUGGGGGUGGUUGACUGCACCCACGUGGCAAUCAAAGCACCAAAUGCUGAGGACCUGUCCUAUGUGAACAGAAAGGGUCUCCAUUCUCUGAACUGCCUGAUGGUGUGUGAUGCCAGAGGAGUUCUCCUGAGUGCCGAAACACACUGGCCUGGCAGCCUGCCUGACUGCACUGUGUUACAGCAGGCAGCCCUGACAAGGCAGUUUGAAACUGAGCUACAUAAAGAUGGCUGGCUUCUUGGUGACAGCUCCUUCUUUCUCCGAACAUGGUUGAUGACUCCCCUGCAUAUCCCUGAGACGCCUGCCGAGUACCGUUACAACAUGGCCCAUUCUGCCACUCAUAAUGUCAUUGAGCGGACGUUCAGAACCAUUCGGUCACGUUUCCGCUGCCUGGAUGGUUCCAAAGGCACCCUGCAGUAUUCUCCAGAGAAAUCCAGCCACAUCAUUCUGGCUUGCUGUGUGCUUCAUAACAUCUCCCUGGAACAUGGUCUGGACGUGUGGUCUUCACCGGCCACAGGACACAUGGAACAGCCGGAAGAAGAGUACGAGCAAAUGGAAUCCAUGGACUCGGAAGCCUGUCGUAUUCGUCAGGAGCUUCUACUUACUCACUUUAGCUAACGUUGUGAUGGGGAGAAGGCUUCUAACAGUUCAUCUGGGAAGAUACACAGAGCAAACAUGCCCCUUCCUCUUCUUGAAGUCUGUAAACACUAAGCAGAUCUGAGACAAGGAGAAAUAUUACUCUCUUCAUUUCAGGCGGUUUUCUGAACUUCUCUCAACCUCUCCAGAGAUGCAGCUCAAUCGCUGAGUUUUUACUGUUGUGAUGUUUAAAUUCCCCCCUUUCACCUGACUUAGAGAACAAUAACUAAUGUGGGAUGAGUGAAGAAACUUGGGAAAUUGUCUUUGGUAAUGAUGAAAACUCUAGUUACCCUUGCACUGUUUUACAAAGCAACAAUUCUAUGCCACUUUCUAACUUAAACCAGUUCUGAUUGUUUUUUAAAUGGUAUUUCACACAAAUUAAACUUCCAUGUGGGCUCAUGCCUACCAUGAAUUCA